AUGUGCGAUGUUAUCCCUACGCCUGUUGUUGUGGAGUAUGCUUUUCAAUACCCGGAUAUGGAGAAAUGUCCUCAGAGUAUGAUGGACAUUAAUCAAUUCGAUCCGAUAAGUGUUACAAUUCCAACAAACGGUACUGCACAGAAUGUACUGGAAGCAUCAGUUGGUGUUGGCACAGCAUAUCGCUUUACAGCAACUUACUUUGGAUCCACCUUGGGCUACUUUAUUGAUGCAAUAAAUGGUACAUCUUCAGACAAUCCCUGUUACUGGUUCUUCUAUUACCAAGCACCGGGACUUCCAAAUCCAGUGCUCUCCAAUCUUGGUGUGUCCAACUUCAUCAUUCCUACAAGUGGUUACUCCAUAUUUAUGCGUUACGAAGAAUUUAAGGAGGAACAUGAUUCUGAAGCUCCUGCGAACAACACAGUAUGUUGA